UGGUGUGAAAACUGAAACAAGUCGACCUUGCCCUUUGUGUAGAAACGAUUCACUUACGUCGAUGUCGUUGUACCGACGUUCACAUUUCUCUACAAAAUGUGCUUGUACCAGUGCAGUCUCAGUGAAUCACUUCUUGUGGAAUAGUAGCUUAAGUUUUUUAGCACGAUGUUUCUGACGGUGGGUCAGAAAAUGACCACUACUCAGUGGUGUGACCUGUGUAGGAAGAAAGGAUUGGACAAGAAGCUUGUUCCUCUACAGAUUAAUCUGGAUGAAGCAGUGUUGAUGUGUCAGAAUGAAGCAUGUCCUUAUCCUAUGGGAGCUGACUUAUCUACCAGUCUCCUGGAGAGAAAGUACACAGAAAUAGCAAACCCAAGAAAAAGGAAGAAACAAAAGGGGGAAAGUGGAACAGUGUCUGUCUCUUCAAUGUCCAAACACAGAAAGCUCAAAACGUUAAGCACAGCUACCUCUGACAGUCCAUCAUCUCUAGGAGGCAGCACUUCCAAGAAAAGCUCAAUUCCAGCUCAGCUCAGUUUUGUAUCCAGAGCCAGUGGAGGUAAAGACCUUCAAAUUGCUAGGCCUCUUCCACAAGGUGGCAUUAGUAGCAGACUUAACCAUGACAUCCCCAAUUCCACACCAGUUGAAAAAGUCAGGUCUUGGCUUUCCAGUUUAUCGUCAGUUUUGCCUCCCAAGCCUGGCGUUGCUGUGGGAAAUGCUCACUCGCCUUCUUUGCUCAGGUCCAAUAUCAGCUCAGGGACGUCUGCCUUUAGACCUUAUGUAGCAGAACACAACAAGCAGAACAGAACAUCUCCAAUUGUUGAAGGGAAACGUGAUAACAAUGACAUUUUGACCGGUGAGACAGCAGCCUGUAAAAAUUUGUCAACAUUGGAAGCAGAUAAAUCGUCUUCUAAAAGUUUAAAUGCUGAUAUUGAACAUGGCUGUUCUAUGCAGGCAGUUACUACUGGAAAAAAUGACCCAGUUACCAUUGUGAAAAAUGGCCUAUUUACUGUCAAAGAUGACCCAGUUACUGCUAUGACAUGCGAUAGUGGUGACAAAUUCCUAGCUGAACUUGGUUUGAUAUCUCCUAUGCUUCAGCCUGAACAUGUAGUGCCUGGUAUCAACUCAGAGGCAAAUACUGUGAUUCCAGGCAAAGCUGCUAUGAGCAAAACCCUAUCUGUUGAAAUGACUGAUUUGCAUGAUGUGAACAAAGUAGGGAAUACUGUAGAAAGCACAAAGGGGGCUAGUUUGUGCACUGACACUACAGGUGCCAUGGCAGACACUAGGAUAGAGACAGUUAUGCACAAACCACUGUUGACUUGUCCAACAACAGAGCAUGAAAUGUUCAGCAAAGACACUUGUAGCUUGAGCCACAAUCAAAACGGAACUGGAGAUCCAGACAAAUGCAAUGGCAAUUCUUCCUUCCCAUCCUGUGACAUUACAUCCCAGGCUGACAUUCCUCCUGUGAAUUUGAAAUCAGACUAUAAAUUAAGCCCAAUCAACUCUCAUCUUGCAGAAGAACCGGAAUGCCAGGAUGCUGAUGUUCUAUUUCCUCAGUGGUAUAACGAAGAUGCUUUGUGCUGGCUUGACGUAAUAAUGUGCCUUAUAGUUCACAACAAGACAAUACGCCAUAGCCUGUCUUGUCAGUCCCCUGGUGGCAGCCUGUGGAAGCUUAUUGAAGAGUAUGACAGAGCAGUUGACAUUGUUAGGAAAGUUGGGCAUGGGGUUCUUCAAGGUUCUCAUGGGAUGAGGCGGAGACAAAGUGAUCCAGACGAUAACUUUGCUGUGAAAACUGGAGGAGGACAUUGCUGGACAGUGAGUGGACCUGUAGUGACCACAGCACAGACUGGCCAGGCUGUGACAGUGGUCAGGGCUGUGAAUGACUUGGAAAAUGUCGGGGAUGACAAAGAUGGUGCACACGGUAGAGUUAGUGCUCACCACAAAAGUGCAGAUACUGAAAAUGCGAGUGAACUUGCCCUGGGCAAAGCACAGAGCUUUGGACAUUUGGAAAUGAAGAGAAUUAUGGAGCAAUCUUGUGUAGAAUGUGGAGAGAAAACAAACUCAACCAACCAGAAUACUUCUUCCACAAUCUUCUCAGAGAAGGGUGAUGGCAGAAAUGCAGUGACUGUAACAAAACGUUCACGGUCAGGGAAGGUGACAAAAUCCCAUAUUUGUCAGCUGAUGAUAAGUCAACUGCUUGCUAAAGGAGGACAAGUGAUUCAAAAUGGACAUUCUCUUGGAGACGGCACGGAGACCAAAAGCGGUUUCCAGAAGCAGCAAGAGCAGGGGGAUGAUCUUGUGAAAGAGAGUCUGAGAGAGAAACUCAUGAAAGGCAUCAACAUCUUAAGUGACAUACGAGAGCUGAUCUGGCAGCAAUUAGAGCCUCGUCUUCAGUGUCGGAAGGGACGUAACGACAGCCCGGUGUUUGCAUUACCGCUGUUGGUGACUCAGAACAAAAUGGAGGAUUUGUUCAGGGUGGAUUACCUUUGGCUGUUGCAGUGCAAGGUGUGUGGAUAUGAGCAGCGAGAUAGGCACAGUAAGGUUCUUCCCACAUUUCCCAGUGUGGCCCCUGAUUUCAGCAUGACGAACGCCAGCUUCCUGCGACCAUGUUUUAAGUGUAACGCCGCUAGUCAGAAGAGGACCAUGCACAUAGAGAGAUAUCCGAAGGUGCUGACCAUGCACUUUGUGGAGGGACUUCCAGUGGGGUCAAAGAUCACUGACUUGGACUUUAGUCAAAAUGGAGUCAGCUAUGGCAUCAGCGGCCUGGUGCAGUUUAAGACAGAUCCCGAUCACUUUGCAGCCUGGGUUAGAAAAGGCCACCAGUGGAUGGAGUGUGAUGACAUGAAGCACCCCCUGUGUCAUUUUGAGAACAAAGAGCCAGCCAUUCUUCCAGGGGAGGUCCACAUUGUUAUGUGGGAGAUGGAGAGCAGUCUCCCCGCACUGUCUACCAGCAACAGCACACCCCCCUCUCUGUCAGCAGUCCCUUGUAAAGGAUCCGUUGCCAUUACAACCAGUUCUGUUGACAGUGCAUUGACCGCCAGAUGCAAUAUUAGAGUAAACGCUAGCGACAGCAGUUUAAAAUGUACACCAACAGUGCCUACUGAUGCCAUAACAACUAGGGAUGCACAUGUUAAAAUGGUCAAUGCCUCAGUUGGUGCUGUUUCCAUGAGCAGUAUUGCAGAUAAUCUUUCAGUAGAUCGCCCCAAGCAAGAAGUCUUGAUAAACCAGGGACAAGUCCCAGGUCAGGGUUCUCUGAGUGGCCAAACUGCAGUAGACCCAGCAGUCCUGAAGGUUGAGGAAACCACCAAGGUGGACAAUUGUCCAGUCUCGGACACCUGCUCUGGUCAAGGAAAAGUCGCCAGUGGUUUAACUAGCAUGAAGUCCAGUGUGUCUUCUCUUGAUGGCAGUUUGGGUGACACUGGGCGUAGCCUGUCCCGGUGUUCAACGCCAUCUGGUGGAGUGUUAGAAUAUGUGGGUGGUGUUGUCAAUGGUGAAGGUGGCGCCACUUGUAGUAGUGGUUCCAACGUUGUGACCACUAGUAAUGGUUUAAAUCAACUGGAAAGCAACAGUUCUGUGGUAGUCUCCCAAAAUUCUGCGUCUCAGCCUCCAUCCCAUCUGACAAAGAGUGUCAGCUUGUUUAGGAGGAUGGUCAAAAACAAACCAGCUUUAAAGUUACCGCCUUUGUGUCGGCCAGAAGAAGCACGCUCGAAUGAUGGGUCUGUUGGCAAGAUCACCGGGAGUAUUGAGAUAACCAGCGGUGCUUUGGUUCAAGGAUACAGUGAAGGGAAUAAGAUGCCCAAUAAAGAAAGUGACACCAAGCGUGGGCCAAGGAGGACACCAUACCAGAGGUCAAGAGGAAAAAGGGAAAAUCCUUUGCCUUCAACCUGUGGGGUUUCUGGACCAUUUCAACAAAAGGCAAACAUGAGAAAGUCUUCUGGGAGUCGAGGAUGUUCUGGUGGAACAAGUGCCAUUGGAAAUGUCACAUCUUCCUCGUUAAUGAUGCCACUGUCAGCAGCAACAACCGCAGCAACAAUAGCAACGUCUCUGGAAGCUCCAGUUGAAACUGCAUCCCCUUUCCCAAGCCUGUCUUUCCUCAGCCAUGGUCCAAGCAGUAACGUUUCUGAGCCUAAAAAAGAUGUCGCAGUGGCCACCAUCCUACGCUUAUUUUAUCACGGUUGCUUGCGACCUUCUCGCGACAUGUUUUCGAGUGCAUGCGAGCUGUAA